GAAAGCCAGGAAUUCCGUGAAAAGAUGGUUCGCAAGGAAUACAAGGAGCACCAGGGACCAUCAGGGGAGCAAGGUGAGAUAGGUGAUGAAGGAGAAAAGGGACUGAAAGGACUGAAAGGUCAACGAGGACCACAAGGAACCAUAGUAGUGGCAGGGCGAUAG